AACCAUAACAGCUGUGUUUAUUGCGGACGUAUAAUAAUGAUGGGUCUUUGCCAUUUUUUUAUUUUGUUGCGUACCAUUUAAACUGUGCAUUACAGUAACAACAUGGCCGCUUCCUCUCAGGUCUGCUUGUGAAGCUCGUUUCUGGCGGACAUCACAAAACACAGUCAGAAUGAUAACUCCGAUGUUUGACCUGAGCCAGGAUCCUGUGUACCUGAUCCUCUCCAUCCGGGUUCCCUACACCAGAACAUCAGAGUUUGAUCUCUAUAUAGAUGGAACAGAUGUGAAAUUCUUUGCCAAACCAUACUUUCUUAGGUUAACACUUCCAGGGAGGGUCGUGGAAGAUGGAAGAGAAAAUGCCACGUUUGACAUUGAUAAAGGUCUAUUCACCGUGCAGAUCCCUAAAGAAACAGCUGGUGAGCACUUUGAAGGCCUCCAAAUGUUGACGAGUCUCCUUGCUCCCAAAGGGUCCCGCUCAGCAAAACCUCUGUUUGAGGACAUGAGCGCAGGCGGCAGUGAAAGUGUGGGCAAUAAUGAAGGGGAAGAUGAAGAAGACUUUGACUGGCAGGUUGAGCAGGAGGUUUACGUUGAGAGCUCUGAAGAGGAGCUAAGAGGCCUUCACAAAUAUGGCUUUGGCAAUCAGAGGUCUGGAGUGUUUGCCAGAUUACAGGAAGAACUCAGUGAUGUGAUAGAUGUCAAGAACCCAGAUGGUUUGACGGUAGCCAAGAGGAGGCAAGAGCGGCUGAUCGCGGAGGCCUCGGCCUUCUCCCCCGAUCACUACCUAGCUGAUCUGUUUGAAGAUGAUGAGAUAAAGAGACUGCUCAAAUUCCAACCAUGGUGGACAAAACAUAGCCCUUCACCUGAGCAUGAAGGAGAGGCUGCCAUAUUGUUCAGUGACGAAGAGAAGGAGCAGCUGAGAAAAUUCACCAACCGAUCGUACCUGCUCGACAAGACUUCCCGUUACCAAGUGUGGCUCAGCCUGGUGGACAUCCUCCUGGCUUACUCCUAUGAAGUGCGCUCUACAGAGGGAGACUACAAUGUGGAGGCACCGUGGACAAUUCGAAAACUUAGCGGCACGCUAUGUUGGCUGGAGACUUACAGCUCCUUACAGGAGGUCCUGGUGUCAUUUGGAAGAAGGGUUUUAUGCUAUCCGCUCUACCGGCACUUUGCCAUGGUCUCGGCUGCCAUUCGUGAUACAGCUUUGAUGCUGCAGUCAGGGAAAGCCUGCGUCCUCAAAUGCCUGCUUGAUAUUCACAAAGUCUUCAGACAGAACGACCCAGCGUACAUACUCAACGAUCUGUACACUACAGACUAUUGCAUCUGGAUCCAGAGGAUCAAGUCCCAAAAGUUGCCAGCCUUGGCCGCUACUCUACAAAAAGCCUCCUUAGAGAAAAAAGACUUGGAUCUGGAGAUUGAAGAGCUGGAAGAGGCGGCCACAAUGGUGGUUGGGGACGAGGAGGACGGAGCCUCCGAGAGUGCUUCAGGGAGUGACAGCAGCUCUUGUGAAGAAGACAAGUCUGAAACCACGAAAGGAGGGGGAGGAGAGUCAUCUCAGGACAGCCUUCUCCAGCCCCAACACACUUCCCCCGCCCUCGCCAUCCCGCAGGAGCACGCAGUCACGCUCCUGUCAGCGGACGGCCGAAUCGACGUCCUCCCACGAGCCUCCCGCGGCGCCAGACCGCUGAUCCAGGAGCUGGGGGAGCUGAGAAUCGCUCAAGACGUCUGCAGCAGUCCUGAAGCGGAGACGAAAUGUUUGCGGCCAAGCGGCGCGGCAGCGAAGGCGAGCGCAGCAACAGAAGGUAGCAGCAGUGGGUCUUUAUUGUUAGAGCCCAGUCGAAGGAGAAAGCCUCUGCUCGUCAUUGAAACGCAGGAUGAUCUUCACACGGCGGACUUGAUCUCAUGAUGUGCUUGUAGAAAGCUGCCAUGAAAUGUAACCUUGAGGGAAGUCAUCAAUUACCUUUCAUGAAGCUUCUUGUAGCUGCAUUGGAUUUAUAGUACAGGCCUUCUUCAUGAAUGUUUCAUACGUCAUGUUUAGUUCCCUUGCAUCAAAGUGAGUGUUUUCCAGCUCAUUACUAAGACUAGCAGGGACAAGUGCUUUUCCUGCCAUGUUUAUUUCACUGCUUGGUGUAGAAACACUGCCAGGGUCUUGGGAUGCCUCCCGCUUUACUUUAUCACUUGUUGCCAGUUAUGCAUUCAAAAGUCCUUUGUUUCGUUUCUAAGCAAAUGCAACCCUUUGCUUCCAUGUGUUCACUUGAUUUCUUUUAAACGCUGGCUUGUUGAGAAAGCAGAGUGCUUCCUCUUUUAAAUCUAUGACUUCUUGUCUUGUAAAUUUACGAGAAUAAAAGUCGUAAAUGUAAGAGAAUAAAGUUGCAAUAUUAUGUGAAUUUAGGAGUUAUUUGCAAGAAUAGAGGGGGGGCUAAUGUGACCUUUGGCCUUGGGCAAAGGUACUAUGGCGGCCUUAUUCUCGUAAAUAAGUAAGUCGUAAAUUUACGACUUUAACUUGCAAAUUUACGACUCAUUUGCGAGAAUAAAGUUGUAAAUUUAUGAGAAAAAAGUCAUCAGUUUAUUAGAAUAAAGUUGCAAUAUUUCUUAGAUUUACAACUUAUUUCAGAGAAUAAAGGGGGGGACUAAUGUGACCUUUGGCCUUGGGCAAAGCUCACAUUGCAACUUUAUUCUCGUAAAUUUACGACUCCUAAUUUACAAGAAAAAGUAGUAAAUGUACGACAUUUAUGAGAAUAAAGUCGCAAUGUUAGGUAAAUUUACAACUUAUUUCCGAGAAUAAAGGGGGGCUUAUGACCUUUGGCCUUGGGCAAAGGUCAUAAUGCGACUUUACUUUUUUUCUCAAAGUUACAACUUUAUUCUCCUAAUUUAUGACGUAAAUUUACGAUUUAUUUACGAGAAUAAAGUUGUAAAUUUACGGGGAAAAAGUGGUACAUUUAGGAGAAUAAAGUUGCGAUAUUAUGUAAAUGUGAAUAAAGUCGUAAAUGUAUGAUUGAUUUCAUGUCAGAUUAUUUACUUAUUUUUUCCAGUGUGGCCCAAAUACUCCGUCAUAUCCUCGUACUGAGUACCCUACCCUGUAUUGACAUAAAAAAAACCUCCAAAGGAGUCUGUGC